AUGCAACAAGAAAAUUCAUCGAAAUGUAGUGAAGUGACAGCAUUGAAAAGAGAAUUGGAAGAAUUGCAGCGAAAUGCUGCAAGCCGAAGUAAAAUGCAUACAGAACUCGCUAAACUUCAAGUUUCCGUACGAAAUCUUCAACUUCAGGAAGAGUUAUUGAGACAAGACAAUGCGGAAAUGCAAAAACAAUUGAAAAUUUGUGAGGAAGAAAAAUUAGCCACAAAAACUGAUUUCGAAUCGUUGCAAUCAAUGCACAGUGCACUUCUGAUGGAUCACGAUGGCUUGCAAAAAUUGCACGAUAUGCUUAGUGCUGAUUAUGAUCGUGUAAAAUAUGACAAUACGUUGUUAAAUAUUAAACUGAAAAACCAUAAAGGAACUGCGGAGGAAGUUUUAAAUGAACGUCGACAGUUCGAAGAAUUAAAAUUAGCAAUUGCAGAGGAACGUGAACGACGUGAUCGUGAGGUGCGAAUUAUGCGAAAUGAUAUGAUGACGCUACGUAAUAACUAUGAACAAAUACGAAAGGAUAAUAUUUCGUUGGCACGUAACGCACAACUUAAUAAGGACGAAUUGCGGAAACUUCGAUUUGUUGAGCAAAAUCAGCGCACAAUUAGCGAACGUUUGACGGCGCAAAUUGAUGAUUUACAGCAAAAGCUACAAGCGCGAAAUCUAGAAAUUACCGAAUUACUUCAGAAAAUUGAGUUAUUUACACAUCUGAACAAAACACUUGAGGAGGAAAGUCUCAUUCUGAAUCGACAGGUUAAUCAUCUCAUGGCACAAAAUCAGGAACUUCUGACAAAAACAUCGAACAAUAAAGAUAUUACCUAUCAUAAUGCACAAAAAGAUUUUCAGGAGAAAUUGUCCUCGUUGAGAAGUGAUAAAGAAGAAUUACAAGGAAAAAUAAAUGAGCAAUAUCAUAUUUUGGAUAACAAAAAGGGAACAGCCAAAGAGAAGCCGACAUUUUUGGAAGGAACCGCCAAAGCGCUCAUUUCUAAGAGUUCCGGAUCACAUAAAUUCUCGAUGAACGAUUGCGUCAGCAAUGGUGUAUUUUCUACGGAAAAUUAUGUGAAUGAUGCUUCUACCGGAGAAAGUAGCGCUUAUCCGGCAGAAGAAUCGUUGACAGCGACCGCUGCAAAACGAAAUUUAUCGCUUAAAACUUCGACAAAUGGUCAGUUACCGAUGAAAUAUUACAAUCGCCGAUACUGCUCAAUUCCGGAUGACCAACCUUGCAGUUCAUCCGACGAAUUAACAUUUAUCAAUAAGAGCUGUGAAUUGCAACAGAAUGGACAACAAGUAAAUGCAGAAUCGAGAAAUGAUUCAAUGCAUUGUUCUCGAACAUUUAUGAGAAAUAUUUUCCGUGCCGAAUAUUCAUCACUGCGCAGUACUGUUCCAUUCAACGAACGAUCCAUUGAUAUUAUCAGUUUGAGUGGUUCUGAACGUGGCAUUGAUGUACCCUCAUCAAUUCAUACUUUACCACCACGUCCACCAUCUCGAUCAAAUUCAACCGGUCGAUCUUCACGCAAUCGAUUACCUCCUCCAACAUAUCAACCAAAAAAUUCCAUCAAACAGUCAACAGCAAUUGUAAUUAGCAAUAAACCACCACCGCCACCAUAUAAGGGACGAGUUACGGCACCCACAAAACAAACUAUCGAAUUUUCACCGAAAGAAACAUCAACACCCAAAUCGGAGCAUAAUGGAUCGGAAGAUGAAAAACGAAAUAUCAUACGUGAUAAGAUGGAACGGAACGAGAAAACAAUAAGUAUCUAUGAGAAUGUUGAUAACAACGAUGCAUCUCUCGGUUCAGAAAUUGGUACUAUUUGGUACGAGUAUGGAUGUGUCUGA